UGGCAGCCUCGCUGGAGCAGGCCCCGCCCUCGCAGAGGCCGUUAGUCCAAGUCAGGUGAUCGUGGACUCCCCUGACCCGGCGGGACCGGAAAAAGGAAUUCCCGGGUCCGGCUUCCCGGCGCGAUGAGGUUUCGGUUCUGUGGUGAUCUGGACUGUCCCAAGUGGGUCCUGGCAGAGAUCAGCACGCUGGCCAAGAUGUCCUCUGUGAAGUUGCAGCUGCUCUGCAGUCAGGCUAAAGAGCUGCUGGGACAGGGGAAUGAUUAUGAGAAGAUCCUGAAGCUAACAGCUGAUGCCAAGUUUGAGUCUGGCGAUGUGAAGGCCACAGUGGCAGUGCUGAGUUUCAUCCUCUCCAGUGCGGCCAAGCACAGUGUCCAUGGCAGAUGCUUGUCCAAUGAACUGCAGCAGCUGGGGCUGCCCAAAGAGCACGCGGCCAGCCUGUGCCGCUGUUAUGAGGAGAAGCAAAGCCCCUUGCAGAAGCACUUGUGGGUCUGCAGCCUACGCAGUAAUUAUGACACCAGCCAGGGUCCAGGCUCAUUCUAGAAGAUGCAUGCAGCAUGCAGAGUGCAUGGAGAGUCCAGGGAGAUGGCUUAACCAUGGUCACAUACGAAGCAGCUGCAGAGCUGCGACCUGGCCCUGGGUGUCCUGACUCCGUGGACUCUGUCAUGUGUAUGUACAUGAUCAGACCUUGCCCUUUUCUUCUGGCUGACCCUUCCUUAGUUGCCCAUGCCCCAUAUGUGAGCACCUUGCUCAUUCUCAUUCCUCCCUCUCUGAAGUGUGGUCCCUGGCAGCACAAGUGGCAGAAGGGGCAGCAGAGACUGUGGACCCCUCAGCUGCACCUAAGACCUCUGUGUGGUCUAGCUAGUGUGCUGGGGGAGGCUUUUGGCCACCAUUUCCCCCUCUGUAAAUGAGACCGAUACCUGUGGCAUGGAGGGCGGGAGGCCGAUGUGAG